GGAAAGGGGAAUACCCCUAUUUUACAUAGAAAACAACACACAUAAGUUAAAGUCGACUUUAGCUUUAGUAAUAUCUUCAAGCACAGCUAAAACUGUUUGAGGGGAUUGGAUAUAUUUUGAGUUUGAGGUCUGUAUGGUACAACAGUUUAGAUGCGAAUAUUUGCUUGUAGAAGUAUUAAGGUGCCUAUACACAUCUCUCCAUAAUGUCAGCUUCCCAGCAAGCCCCUUUCCUUUAUUUCUCGAACUGAACUUAAGGACGUGUCAAGUUAUAAUUGGUGAAGACAAUGGCUACUUCAUAGAUUCUUACUCCGAAAAAGAGACUUAAUUCCUCAAAACAGGUGUUUAGUGCAGCAGUGUAGAGUGAAGAUUUGUGAAAUGAAAAGCUGUAAGCAGUAUGGAAAAUAGCGGAAUUAAAGCACCGGUGACUGUAUGUGAGAAUGGUGAUUCUGAUAUAAUCACUUUCAGUGAAGCAUUGUUGAGAAUAUGUGAGGAUGGUGUUUAUGCUAGCAUUGUGUCGUUGGUGCAACGCGGGGCUAAUGUUGAAUAUACUGAUUCAUAUGGUAAUACUCCGCUGCUUACAGCUAUCGAGAAUCAUCAUAUAAAUUGUGUAGAUGUGUUACUGAAUAACAAAUAUUCCCUUGCCAAUACAGAACACAGUAACACGGUGACUGGGAACACUCCUUUAAUGAUGGCAGCAAAUAAUUUCGAUAUUGUCAGAUUGCUGAUAAACAGUGGGUGUCAGUUAAAUUCGACGAACCGAUUUAAGGAUUCUGCACUACACCUGGCUGCCAGAAAUGAAAAUUUAAAAGUUGUUCAAUUGCUUGUGUCCAGUGGGAUAGAUGUUACCCUCACUAACAAGGACAGGGAAACUGCACUACACAUUGCUAUCAUUAUUCGCAACCCAGCUAUAUCCUGUAGAUUACUUUCAAUACAGGAAUGUCUCGAUUCACAGUCUGUUUAUUUACUAGACAUGGCUUGUGGUUAUGAGUACUCUAAUAAUAAGGGGGACACGUUUUUGCAGGACUGUAUGGAGUAUUUUAUGAAAUAUUGUGACAGAGAAACGGUCACACAAUUAAUCCAACACGGCUUACCUGUCGAUGCUUCAUUACUAGGAUACGCUUACCGUAAUAAAGAUCUUGUAAUGGUGGACACAUUAAUACAAGCUAGUCUUCACCAGAAUCCCGAUCAUUCCAGAUUUACACCUUUCAUAUACUUUUCUCUGAUACAUAACGAUUUUGAGGGAGUUGAAAAAUAUAUCAAAUAUGUCAGUCCCUUCGCUGCUCUGGAGGAUGGUCGUUCAUUAUUAGAUGUCGCACAUUAUGUUGAAAACUAUGACAUGGCGGGGAUUUUACUCCAAAACGGCCAUCACCUGACUUUUUGCAAUUGUAUAAAAGCAUUAAAUUGGCUUGGUUACCAAUACGAUCGGAGUAAACACGGUAUCGUGAAAAUUAAACAUGUCAUACAGUAUGGUAUAGCUCACACCUAUCGUCGUCGAACACAGUUCAUGCCUCCACAGCUACAUCUUAAAUGCUACCAUAGUUACGUAUUUCAGUAUAUCAACAUACUUUACGUGAUGUACAUGUCCAACCUGAUAAAUAACAAUGACUUACACUGUAGGCUUUCUAAGUUGCCUGUACCGUUUAAUAACCAUGGACAUGGAAAGGAUUUACAAAAUAUUGCUUCCGAUCUGGCGCUAAAUCAUAGUCUCUCGCGUGAUGUGGGCGUAGCCAGUGGACCGUUAGAGGAACUGGCUUUCGGUAGGCUAAAAUCAUUACAAGAACUGGCUUUAAGUCCCAUGUCACUUCUUUGUAUAACCCGUAAUGUGAUUUGCGGAUCACUUGGUCCACCUAACAUGUGGUUUAAUGUAGGGUUAUUGCCCCUGCCUGAUAAAGUUAAAUCGUUUCUAAGAUAUGAUGAUAUCCUUAGUAAUACGGGCUAAAUCACGAGACCGGUUAGGUAGACUUUUUAUACUACAACAUUUAUAAAUGUACU